AUGGGGCUGCUCACUUCCAUCACUCAAUACCUUGCCAUUGUUGCAAUAUAUAUACGCAUUGUACAAUCACUGCCAUAUCUUCCAGAGGAAGCAGACUGGAAUCUCAACCAAAAUCAGACAGCGACACACCCCCUCGACUACUCGGGUCAGUGGGAUGGCCACACAUACAACCCCUCGCCAGAGAAUUGGCGAUUCCCGUUCUACACGAUAUUUCUUGACAGAUUUGUAAAUGGCGAUCCGAGUAACGAUAAUGCAAAUGGCACACAGUGGGAACACAUCUUGACCUCUAACGAGUUCCGCCAUGGCGGCGACGUUCUUGGGUUGGUUGAUACGUUUGAUUAUCUUCAGGGGAUGGGGAUAAAGGGCGUCUACCUCGCUGGAACACCGUAUAUCAACUUUCCCUGGGCCUCGGAUGGAUACUCCCCGUUGGACCUGACCCUGCUGGACCACCACUUUGGUACAAUUGAAGAUUGGCGCACAAUGAUAUCUGAGGCGCAUCGACGGGGGAUUUAUGUUCUUUUUGAUAAUACCUUUGCAACAAUGGGCGAUCUUAUCGGCUUCCAGGGUUUUUUGAACAAGUCCGCGCCGAUAAAUCCCAACGAGUACGACCCUGUAUGGAAGUAUGACCGUCGAUACUGGGACUUUCAGCCUGGAAAUGAAGUUGAGAGUGAAUGUCCCUGGGAGUAUCCUCGGUUCUGGAAUGACGACGGGACUGGUUUGACCACCACAACCCUUGGUCCUUCAUGCCGGGAUAGUGAAUUUGAUCAGUAUGGAGAAGUUGCCGCCUUUGGAAACUACACCGAAUGGGAAGGACAGAUAUCCAAAUUCGCAUUUGUUCAGGAUCGUCUACGCGGAUGGCGGCCGGACGUGCUUGCCAAGAUCAAACACUUCUCGUGUCUAACCAUCACCAUGCUUGAUAUCGACGGAUUCCGCGUUGACAAGGCUCUACAAGUUACUCUUGACUCUCUUGGAGAAUGGUCCGAGUCUAUGCGGGAUUGCGCCAAGCAGGUGGGAAAAGACAAUUUCUACAUCCCCGGAGAGAUUGUGGGGGGAAACUCUUAUGGCUCGCUUUAUAUCGGUCGCGGUCACCAGACAAAUCAAACCAUCUCCAAUCUGACGGAAGCUUUUAUGAUGACAAACAAGACAAGCAAGUCAGAUGAGGAUCUCUUCUUGAGACCUGCGGAGAGGUCCGCAUUGGACGGGGCGGCGUUCCACUACACGUUAUAUCGUGGUCUGAGCCGGUUUCUAGGUCUGGACGGCAUCUUCACUGCCGAAGGCGACCCGCCUGUCAACUUUGUGGAUACCUGGAAUGGUCUUGUGGAGACCAACGAUAUGGUCAACACGAACACCGGUAAGUUCGAUCCUCGUCACCUGUUUGGUGUCACCAAUCAGGAUGUCUUCAGGUGGCCAGGGAUAAAGAACGGGACCCACAAGCAGAAUCUGGGUCUUUACAUCGCUUCGUUGCUCAUGCCCGGAAUCCCCAUCCUCUCCUGGGGCGAGGAACAGGAUUUCUACGUCCUGGAAAACCAGGCUGACAACUAUGUCUUCGGUCGUGGACCCAUGUCAUCUGCUCAGGCAUGGCAGCUACACGGAUGCUACAAACUGGGAUCAUCGAAAUACGUUGAUUUCCCGCUAGACCGCUCCCUGACCGGAUGUAAAGACGAUUCCGUCAGUCUCGAUCACCGCGAUCCUUCUCACCCAGUGCGAGGCCUAAUCAAGAUGAUGUUUGAGAUGCGUCAAAACUAUCCCACUCUAAAUGAUGGCUGGUACCUUCAGCAAUUGUCCAACCAGACGUUCGAUAUCUACCUUCCAGGUAGUGGUGGGACACCGACCGAGACUGGGAUGUGGAGUGUCAUGAGAUCGCGCUUUGCGGAUGCGCAGAAUUUCGAUGGCCAAGGCCAGGGGAAUCAGAGCGUCUGGCUGGUGUAUUCUAAUGACAACAAAACAGUCGAACACAAAUUCAACUGCAGCAGUAAGGAUGCUUUGAUCUCGCCAUUUCCCGCGGGAACAAGGGUCAAAAAUCUUUUCCCGCCGUUUGAGGAAUUGACGCUGGCCAACAGCUCGACUAAGCUUGGAUUUGAAGGGUCUCACGUUCCCAACGGGUGUUAUCCCAACCUUACUAUGCCGGCCUGGGGUUUCAAAGCCUUUGUCCCGAAGGAUAACUUCGUGCAGCCUUCCCCAUAUGUAACCCGCUUCUCCCCAGGGCAUGACGCUCGGCUUGUGCCCCAGGGAAAAAGUGGGGAUACAGUUCGAAUUGGCUUCGAAUUCUCUCAGGAGAUGGACUGCGUGGAUAUCACCAACUCGCUGACGAUCACGUCCAAAGCGCUUAACGACGAGAGCCCACAGCUUGACACGACCUCGGUCUCUUGUAAACAAAUUAAAGAGACUGAUGUUGUGACAUGGCCCGGGGCACUCACUAGCGUUUUCAGCUACGAAGUAGAUUUGGGCAAUGUCUUCCCAGGGGUUCACAGAGUCACACUUAGCAAUGUGACUACAGCAAAUGGAAAUCAAUCCACAGGUUCCGUCGACCACUUUCUUUUCCGCAUCGGACAGAUAAACAAUCCGAUGGUCUGGCCACAGUUGGCCAACUACAGUAGAACGCUACUGUUCGACAACCCGUCGUCUGAGACUGAGCCCUUAUCGGUAAUGCCACAGGCCCCUGGUGCAGACAUGUGGCGUUACUCGCUGGAUUUUGGAGCUACAUUCAGUAACUGGAUGACAUACACCGGCUUCAACACUUCGAUCCCCGGCAAAAACUGGACCGGCACUGCGAAGCAGGCCUGGGAAGGAGAACACAUCCUUGCCCAAUACUGGAGCAAGUUGACCGGAAGUAGCGCUCACUGGCAACAUGGAGACACGCAAUGGGCAUACAGGCCCCCACGUCGCUUCCCAAACCUCUUCAUCGAGGGCGAGUUCAACCAGUUCGGAUAUGACGCUGGCUAUUCCAACAAAAUGGCUCUCAGCAACGUCAGUGGUCAGUGGGAAAUCCACUUCAUGGCUGAAUGGCCCGUGCAAGUUGCAUUCAACGCCUGGGGAUUAAACGAAGACGGCCUGCCCGAUCAAACGCAGGUAUUUGGGGACAUUGACGGAGACAACGUCCUGGAUCAGGUCCCUCCAGUCACGCUUCUGAGUAAUGUGUUCAACGUUACCAUUCCACACCCCUUCGCCCUAUCUUUCCUUCAAGCUAUCGGAUCCAGGUGGGCUCAGCUGGCCAUCUUUAUCAUCCUAGCGAUUGUGCCUGUUGCCACCGCUGUCGGCGCAGUUUUUGUUUAUCUGAAGGCCUUUUACCAGGUCAAAUUCAAUCAAGUCGGUGUGACCGAGAAAAGAUCAAGCUUCGCUCCACUGGUGAGUCCACUGGUGAACGUCUUUCAAAAGGUGGCUCAUCGAUCUCCGAACCCUGGACUUGCUCUCACCAAUGUGGGCCCCUUCCCAUCUGAAAGUGGAGGUGUCGUCGGUGCUACGGUAAAUACCUGCCGACGAACCGUGCUCAUUGCAACGAUGGAAUACGAUAUUGAAGAUUGGGGCAUUAAGAUCAAGAUUGGUGGGCUCGGUGUGAUGGCUCAGCUGAUGGGGAAACAUCUAACUCAUCAGGACCUCAUAUGGGUGGUCCCCUGUGUUGGAGGGGUUGACUACCCUAAGGACGACCCUCGUGAGCCCAUGGUAAUUACCGUUCUUGGGAAUAACUACCAAGUGGAUGUCCAGUAUCACCAGCUGCAAAACAUCACGUACGUCUUAUUAGAUGCGCCUGUGUUCCGAGCUCAAUCCAAAUCAGAGCCGUACCCUGCCCGCAUGGAUGACCUGGAUUCGGCUAUAUUUUAUUCUGCUUGGAAUCAAUGUAUUGCCGAGGCCAUCAAAAGAUUUCCGGCUAUCGACCUCUAUCAUAUCAAUGAUUACCAUGGUGCUGCUGCCCCUCUCUAUCUUCUACCUCGCACAAUCCCAUGCUGCCUAUCUCUGCAUAACGCCGAAUUUCAAGGACUCUGGCCGAUGCAAACCCCACAGCAAAAUCAAGAGGUUUGCAGUGUCUAUAAUCUUGAUCAUGCAUUGGUGAAGAAGUAUGUACAAUUCGGAGAGGUUUUUAACCUUCUACAUGGAGCUUCCAACUAUCUGAAAAUCCACCAGAACGGAUUCGGCGCUGUCGGUGUCUCCAAGAAAUAUGGCAAGCGAUCGUACGCAAGAUAUCCUAUUUUCUGGGGUCUCAAGAACAUCGGAGCGCUUCCAAACCCCGAUCCAUCUGACAUCGCCGAGUGGGAUCAAAACGCAAACAACAACCCCGAAGACGUUAUUGUUGACGCAGAGUUUGAAGCCAGUCGUGCCGCACUCAAGAAACAAGCACAAGAAUGGGCAGGGCUCAAAGUUGACCCAGAGGCCGAGCUGUUUGUGUUUGUCGGUCGUUGGUCUAUGCAAAAGGGCGUUGAUCUGAUUGCAGACAUCUUCCCCUCCAUUCUAGACGCUCACCCAAAGGUUCAGUUGAUGUGCAUUGGUCCAGUCAUUGAUCUCUAUGGAAGAUUUGCUGCGUUGAAAUUGAAUCGACUCAUAGAUCUCUAUCCUGGACGAGUCUUUUCCAGACCAGAGUUCACUGCACUACCGCCCUUCAUUUUCAGUGGCGCUGAAUUUGCCUUGAUUCCUUCGCGCGAUGAACCGUUCGGUUUGGUGGCCGUAGAAUUCGGACGGAAAGGAGCUUUGGGCGUGGGAUCACGUGUUGGUGGCCUUGGGCAGAUGCCAGGAUGGUGGUUCACAAUCGAGUCUAUGACAACCAAACAUCUUAUUCAGCAGUUCAAGAUGGCCAUCAACGACGCUCUGAAAUCGUCGCAGGAGACACGAGCUCUCAUGCGUGCACGAUCCGGCAAGCAGCGUUUCCCCGUAGCACAGUGGGUUGAGGAUCUGGAAACGCUACAAACCACCUCAAUCAAAAAGCACGCCAAGUACUCUAAGCGCCACGAUCGUGGUUCAUGGAGAAUUUCCUGUGGCAGCACUCUUGUCCCAGAAAGCAUUCCCAAAGUCUCGCCGAGCUCAGACAACAGCCGCGAACAGAGCCGAUCACGCGGCUCCACCGUGUCUGUCCCACCGAGUAGGCCGAUUACGACUGAGAUGAGAUUGUCUGGACCUCGACCAGGCCUUGACUAUGUUCCCUCGCCGACAACUCCGUCUUUCAGUCUUAACAUGUCCGACAACGAGCCCGAUUCUGACGCCGACCCAAGACGCAGACCUUUGUCCUCCAACCAUCUCACAGACUCGCGAGUCGUUUACACCUCGGUAAGCGAUGGAGAAGAUCUCGAGCCCAUUUCUGGGGACGGCAAUGAUCGUCUAUCACCAUUUAGGACACCUACCGUUUAUUUUGCCCGAUCCGGUGCUAGCACACCGGCUCUCAGUGCAGGAUCAGAAGACGGUAUGCUUGGCAGAAGAGACGCAAGGGCGUCUAUGAUGAGUCUGGUCAGCGUGGAUGAUAUAACAAAGGAGAAACAACACUACAAUCUCCAGAAAGUUGAUCCAUUUUUCACGGAUGUGAAUAACGAGUACGCGGAUAAGUUUGAGAAGAAGCUUGCAGGCCUCAAUGGCAAGAACUCCGAAGACCAGCUCUGCAUCGAGGAGUUUCUCGAGAAGAGUGAAAAAGACUGGUUCAAUCGAUACCGUGACGUCAAGCUGGGCAAAUCCCCCUUGCCAUCUCCUGCUCCCUCUGUCUUUCGCUUCAAGGUUCAUGAAACCGGUCGAGCAGAGACUCCGCCAAUUAAUGGUCCAGGUGCAAGGCCCAAUACUGGGCAAUUCCUUCUCCCAAAUGACUAUGUUCCCCCCACGGGUGUGAAGCGUUUCAUGUUGAUGAAGCUGGGUGAUUGGCCUGUGUACUCCAUCUUCCUCGCUAUUGGCCAAAUUCUCGCCUUGAACUCGUACCAGAUCACACUCCUGAACGGUGAGAUUGGAGAGACGGCCGAAAAGCUAUACAUUCUGGCAUCCAUCUAUCUUGCCUCUUCUAUCAUAUGGUGGAUGGUCUUCCGUCUAGUCCCCUCAGUCUACGUGUUGACGAUUCCUUUCCUUAUAUACGGGCUCGCCUUUCUAUUUGUCGGUCUUACCGGUCACAUCCAAAACGGCACAAGUCAAACAUGGCUACAAAAUGUGGGAGUCGGCUUGUAUUCGUUUGCGUCUUCGAGUGGUUCGAUUUUCUUCGCCCUCAACUUUGGAGACGAAGGUGGAGCGCCUCUGAGGUCUUGGAUUUAUAGAGCCACUGCCAUCCAGGGCACUCAGCAAUUGUUCAUCAGUUUCCUUUGGUACUGGGGAAGCUGGAUGGCAACUCUCAAUCAAAAAGGUAGCUCACAAUUCAGCCUUGCUAUGACCGAUCCAGGCGCUUUGCUCGGAAUCGGACUCGGACUCGCCUGUUUUAUGUGGCUGUUGGGAGCCCUGAUCUUCUUUGGACUUCCUACAUAUUACCGACAAGCACCAGGUCAAGUGCCGACAUUCUACCUAUCGCUCUUCCGUCGUCGCAUCAUUCUUUGGUUUUUCUACAUGGUGUUCAUAUCAAACUACUGGCUGUCGGCACCGUACGGACGAAACUGGCUCUAUCUCUGGUCCAGCAAACAUGCACAGGUGUGGCAUAUCGUGCUCCUUGUCCUCCUCUUUUUCAUCUUUGUUUGGGCGGCAGCUCUCUGGGUCUUUCACGUCUUUUCCAAGAGACACGCCUGGUUUAUCCCGAUCUUUGCCGUCGGUCUUGGUGCCCCUCGAUGGGCCCAGAUCCUGUGGGCGACCUCCAACAUAGCCACAUACAUCCCCUGGGCCGGUGGUCCCGUAGCCGGAGCUAUCCUUGGUAGAGCACUAUGGCUCUGGCUAGGAGUCUUGGAUUCCCUUCAGGGUGUCGGGUUUGGAAUGAUCCUCCUCGUCACAAUGACUCGAUUCCAUGUCACCUUCACACUUCUAGCCGCGCAGGUGGUCGGUUCCAUUGCGACUAUCCUCGCUCGCGCGACAGCACCGGAUAAGUUAGGCCCUGGUAAUGUCUUCCCUGAUUUCUCGGCUGGGGUCGCAGCCGGCUUGGAAAAGGCAGACUUCUGGGUCUGCCUACUCUUCAUGCUAUCCAUCAAUGUGCUCUGCAUCUUCUUCUAUCGCAAGGAACAACUUGCGAAACCUUGA